CGUAUUUAGACGUAUAAUAAAUGAUGUCCGUGCGCUAAGAAUGCGGUAAUUCGCGUUGUUUGUGUGUGUGCAUUCUGUGAAGAAAUGAAAACAUAAAGCAAGAAUUAAGUUCGGAACAAAUAAAUGGAAGUGUUAACAAUUCUAAUAGAUUUUUGUGCAAAUACUAAAUAAUACUGAAAAUAAGAAAUUCGCGUGUGUUUGUUGUGUUAGGGGUGUCUAAAGAGUAGCAGCAGCACAGCAUCCGCCAGCACGUUGUUGGUGUUCAAGGAGCGGCAGACAGUGCAAAAACGUCGCCGCCCUAGCAAAUAAUGAAGUAACGGUGCAUUCUGGCUGCGCCACAAGCGUGAAAUGAAUGAGUGAAGUGGCAAGUGAAUGAAUAACAAAGCAGUGAUAAUCACGCAGUGUGGCAUAAUGUUAUUGAAAAGGUUGAAUGCGACCAGUGCCAAGUUUUGAAUGAAAUUGCCGCUCCAAGUUCUCCCAAUACAAUAUUAAUUACAGUCUUGAGCACAAAAUCUAAUUGACUUUCUCGAUUAAGCAGCGACAAGUUAACUUAAACGCAUGAAUUUGAUUGUGAAUCCGCGUGUUGCAAGCAAAGUGUAUUGUAAAUAGCACAAUUCAAACGUGGGAGUUCUGUUCCUUCAAAGGUCGCGUCAAAGGUCAAAUAAACAGAAGUCUUUUGUGAAAAGCAAUUUAGAGAUAUAAGAAAAUUUAAAAUUUUCAUUGUGGCAUUUUCAUGUUGCAUUUUCAUGUUGCAAGUUGCGUGACAUUGUGAAAAUAUUGUAACGCCUCUUCAGUGCGGAAUAAUAAUUUAAAUCAAGCGUUGUAAACAACAACAACGCGCUAUAAAAAUAAACAAAUUUGAAAUUUCUCACAUUUAUAACCCUGAGCUCUGCCACGGACUUUUUCUCUUCCAGCUGAGCAUCAUCACCUAUAGCAAGCAGGCGGCUCAUAGGCCUUCUCGUCAACAUAAGCACCUUGGCUGACUUUACGCCUGCAAGAAAAACGCACAAUAAGUAAAUAAAUAAUUUUCAGCCGCAGCAAAGUCGUCUCCACCAGCCUUGGGCGGCCCCAAAAAUUGCAUCACACGGAGAGCGCAAGCAGGCAGCUGAGCGCACAGUGGCGGUAUUAUCAGCAGCGGAGAAUCAGAGAAAGCAACGGCAGCAACAACAACCCGCGGUAGAGGACUCCGGCUGAAGAUGAACCUGUGUUAGAGCGACAAUGGCUGUGAGAGACGUGGCCGUAGCCGUCUUCUCAGCAGUAGUCUGGCCGUGACCGUCGAAGCGUUCGGUAGUGUACGUGAUCACAGUACGCGCGUAUUGAGAAAAUGGAAAAAGGAUCAGUGAGCGAGUCGUUUUUAAGGAACGUGGUGAAAUAUUAAGAAAAAAUAGAAAAUAAUAAAAACAAGUGAAUGUAAUUACGCGACGAACGUGUCUGGAAAGUGACUACUUAUGCAAAUACAUAAUUUUACGAUUAUUUUUAUUAUAAACGCCAGCGACAGCGAGUGGCACAAGCGCGCACAUAUCAGUUAACAAGAAAAGUGCGAAAUUGAAUGAAACGCUGUAACGCGUGUGUCGCCGCGAUAUGCACGUAUGUGUGUGUGUGUGUGCUACAGUAUAGCCUGAGCUGUGAAUGCCGUUUGGCAGGUCAACCGUCUGAGCGUGUAUCUUCAUUGAGUUUAAUGCCAUUUCUGGCCAAGCAACACAUUCCUGCCACAUGCCACCAAAAACAAGAGUGUUGUAAAUUUUUAUGUUUGUACGCGCGUUUGUAAAAUCUUAUGAGCGCUGCCAUUAAAGCUGCGCAUAACGAGCGCGCUACUACACAACGAAGCGAAAAAACGCUAAGCGCUAGAUCGUGUUCGAAAGAAUUAUAAAACGCGCAACAACAAUAACAACUGAAAGUGUUUUAGCAAAGCACCACCGCCAAUUGGCAUUUGUUCCUUAAUGCGCCUACGAAAAUCGCUUUCUUCCUGCCCCAGCGCGCGAGUGUUGGUGUGAGCGCGUGCGCCGGUGCUUAAGCGAAAUUGCAGCGAUUUUAACGAUAGAAAUGUGUGUGUUCAAGUGUUUGCUGCCAAAUUGAUUUAAACUGCCACUUAUGUAGUAAAGUAAAAAAUAAAGUUGCACGAAAAAUGCGCCAGGUGAUUUAGCGCGCAAGCAAAGAUUUCCCCAAACAGUGGCACAAAGCAAAGCAAAAAAAAAAGUAAAAUAUCAAGUAGCGCCAAAACGAAAUGUGCAACGCCCCUUGACGCGCCACCCCGGCAAUCGACGAAACGGUAAAUGAAAAUAUUUUCGCGGAAAUUGCAUGCCGUGCAACAUUUACCACCAAUGUCCAUUAAAAGUUGCCCCUUGCGCGUAACUGUGUGCAUGUGCGCCUAGCAGCCAAGUGACUACUGCCGCCUAACAGUGCACUUGCGCGCGGCCAUAGCGCGCAACAAUACAAAUAAAAAAAAAAAAAACGAAUUUACAAAAUUUAAGUGCAAAAUUAGUGAAAUAAAUAAUAUAAAGUGUUAUUAUCGUGCGAGUGCAACAAGCCGCGUCGCGCCACCGCUUACGUUAGAAGCGCGCGCGCUGCCACAUGUGAGCGCGCCCAUAUAUACACGCGUGCCACCAAACCAACCCAACGAAGCAACCGAGCAAACCGACCGUCAACAAUAAUUACGCGCGCGUAAAUUGGUCCCGUUUCGACAUUUUGUAGCGCGUUAAUUGCCGCAUACACGCUAAAUUCGCACAUCAACAACUCGGGUACAAAACUUCGCGCCAUUAGCGUCCGACCUCCUCAGGCACCUGUUCGUGUGACAUUGCACAGUGUGUGUGUUCACUAUACACCGUUAAUCGCUCGCCUGCGAACUUGCCACACUCACAAUGGCCGUUAGCAAUAUUGUUUGCGAGUGGCUACGCGCCCUUGGCCUGUCGCAAUAUGCGGAGAGCUUUCUGGAUAAUGGCUAUGAUGAUUUAGAGAUUUGCAAGCAGGUCGGCGAUCCCGAUUUGGAUGCUAUUGGCGUGGAAAACCCCGUGCAUCGUCACAAGUUGUUGAAGAGUAUACGGCAAUUGCGUGAAAAAGGUGCCGCUUCCGUUUAUUUCAUGUUGAACGAUCCGAGCUCGCUGUCGGGCAGCAUGGAGAUUUUGUGUGAGACGCCACCGAACGAGCUGGAUAUAGUGUUGCGGGAACAAUUGGAAACCGAUGGCAUACGUUUGACAGCGCAUCCUUAUUCGACACCGGACGGUCAGCGCGGUCAUUUAGAGGGUCUAGCAUCCGUCUAUUGUGAAUUGUUAAUGGCUCCCUUUGGAGAUAUUUUAAGUGCUUUAGAAAACGCUCGUCAAGCGGCGUGGGCGGAGCGAAGUCCCCUGAAUCCGGCCGGUGGCAGUGGGAGUAGCGGUAGUGGUAGUGGCGUCAGUGGCAUUGGUGGCCUCAGCGCCAGCACACACCACCGGCAUCACGGUCAUCGCGGCCAUUCGAGCCAAGGUGGCCUGCCAAAUAGUCAUAGUCAGCCAAUUUAUGUGCCAGGAAAAUACUCGCCCUCGAGUUGUCUGUCCGACAAGGAAGAGGACGAAAUUUACGGUUUUGGUUAUGGUGUUUUUGCACCGCGUGUUGCACGUGGCGGCCUCACACAGCAGCAGCAGCUACUGCAACAGCACACCUUGCAGCAGCAACAACAGGCGCAAGCAGCACAACAACAGCAGCAAUUGCCAUUAGUGCCAGGUAGCCAACAGCAUUUGCAACAGCAGCAACAACAACACCAGCAUCAAGCCCUACAAGCCCAUCAAACACUCCCGCCGAAUGUAGCACACUUGAAUUUCCUGCAGCAAAAUUGCUUAAGUCCAAGAUCAGCGUAUUUCUACGAAUUUCCACCGAAUGCAGAAGGUCGUGAGACCAAGAAACGUACCACCUUAGCGAGACUUUUAAAAGGUCUGAAAACUGUGAAUCGCCGUGACCGAAGUAAUCAACAAACCGCCGCGCAAGUGAGGGCGGCGAAUGAACGACUGAGACAUUUUCAAACAAUGAAUGGAGGUCAACACCAAAGCUUUGAAGAGACAAUACACAGGAUUUUGCGAGAUAUACGGCAAGGUUUACUUCAAAUGAGCCGUGAAGGUCGCAUAGACGAUACCUACAUGUAUGACGAUGCUCUACGCGGCCCACAUUACGCCGUAAGCGGUCUUCAUCAUCAGGGUCACUGGUAUGAUGAGCCGCCAUAUGAGAGCGAUCCAGACGACUUCCUGAUGUCCGGCAUCAAUUGCGGACCCGCCGCUACAAUACAGGGCGGCCGGGUACGUUUCACCUCGAACCGUGAGAGUGUUGGUGUAAUUUCAUUAAGAUCCGCCGGAGAUAUUUCACUGCCACAGCGAGGACCGCCCCGGCGUGGGCUUAUCGUGCCACAGCAGCCGCCAAAUCCACCGACAAUAAUACCGUUAACGCAUGCCAGAUCGCACGAUCGCGAGAGCGGCGACUACGCGGGCUCCAUAUCGGAUCUGCAAAGUGUCACCUCACGUCUCAGUGCAGUUUCGAUCGGCACCAACAACUGCACCGCCCGCUAUCGUACGCUGAGUGGCGGCAUCGGCGAGUCCCCAUCGCUCUCGCCAAGUCCAUCAUCCGAUUACGAGGAUAUUGCGGCAACGCGCGGCCUGCCGCCCAGUCUAGCGGCGAAGAGUAAAAAGAACGGCGUGCCGCACAAAGCCAACACCAUCAGCCAGAAGGCCACAGUGCAUCAUUCGAACGAAAUGCGAAACUCACCAAAGGAUAUUGGCGUAUUUAAUGAGAACGGAAGGAACUUUGUAGCCACAAAGGAUACUUCGAGGGAUUUCAGCAAUUCUCAAGAUAAUACCGACCGCGGCAGCAUGAGCGACCAGGCCUUUGCGUGCUCGGCAAGUUCGGUGGAAAGUUUACCCAGCGCUUCCGGUUCAAGUACCCAAGCUUUGGUGCGACCAGGCAGCCCGCAGAGCUCCAUCUCCACUGAGGAUCGCGCUUCGUUAGUGCAAAUUUGCAAAGCCAAAGCACUUGUCGACAGCAUGCCGAAUCCAUAUGAUAAGGACGCGCUCAAAUUUAAAAAAGGUGACAUAAUCGAUGUGCUGUCAAUGAAUGCCUCCGGCAUCUGGAAGGGUCGUUGUCACGGCCGUAUCGGACACUUUAAAUUCAUCAAUGUGGAAGUGUUGCCCGAGCAGCGUUUGAAGUCGUCGAAUAGUAAAAUCCUCUGUGCUGGCGGUUUGGGCAUUGGCGGCGUCGGCGGUGUUGUGGGCAUGGGUGGUGGCGCCAGCAUGCGACAUGUCAGCAGCAAUGGUCCGAGCUCGGUGGAAGAUCUGCUCUUUCGCAUUGGACUGAAGGAGUAUACGUCGGUCUUCGUUUUAAAUGGCUACGAAGACCUUGAACUCUUCAAAGAGCUGGAGCCUGCCGAUUUGGAUUACUUGGGUAUUGUGAAUCAGGAACAUCGCGCCAAAUUGUUGACCGCCGUGCAGCUGCUGCACGAUAUUGAAUGUUCGGAUGGUGACAUCGCUGGUUCCAGCUCGGAGAACGACGAGACACGCCUCAACAAUAUCAAUAAGAAGCAUGGCGCAUCACCCUUCGGACGUCGCCAUUUUCCGCGAGACUCCGGCUGCUACGAAGGUUCGCCUGUACCCACCUCGCAGACACCCACACAGAACAUACCAUCCACCGAUGAGUCGAACAGCUUGGACGAUGUUGUGACCAAGUGUUCCAGCGAGAUUAUGAAGCGCGUCGAAAGCGCGCGCCGUCAAAAGGAAAAUCCAUUCAAAGCUGGACUCUCCGCACGCGUUGGAAAGAAGGCACUACUGGGCGCCAGCCUAAUGGGCGAAGACACCUUGACACGCGGCGGCGGCCUCAGCGAAAAAUCCAGCGACUCGGGCGUCAGUAGCAGUUCGCUGUCCUCGGGUCCCAUGAAGAACAGCACUUAACACUUACCCACCAUACUCGCGC